GUGAAUUACAUUGAUAAAGGUUUAAUAAAAUAAACUUGAGUUGGAUUGCAUAAAUUUUGAAAUAGCAAUAAAAAAUAAUAUGCAAUGAAUUUUACAAUUAUAUUGAUAUGAAUGCUCUAAUCUUUGCACCAUCCACCUUCCAUUGCAGGUUUACAACAAUUAAAAUUCAAAUAAUAAAAAAAUCCUCCCAAUCGACACUACCACCAAAACAUAGGCACAAAACCAACUGCAUCUUCAACCCACAUCACCGACAAAAGAUCUUGCUACCUUCAAAUAAAAUCAAAUUCAAACCCAGCAAAUCACCGCAUCUUUUCGGCCAUUUCAACAUCCAAACAACUGCCAAUAACCCACACUCUACCAACGAUGAUGCACUAUUUAAGAACAAUGUAUCUCGCCCAAGAGCCAUUGCGUGCAAUAUUCAAUCUGUACACAACUACUAUAAACGACAGUUCCAUCAAAGCGAAAAUCAUCAACGUUUUGCAGCAGCAUCUCAUAACUCAACCAUUUCAAUCGAUUAUCCGUUCAGUUGUCGGAGGCGAAGAAGGGAUUCCAACAUAUAUCCAACAUGGGAGCAUCACAAUGGAAAACACACUGCUGGACAGUCUUGAAGAAGGACCUUUUCAAGGGCAAUUCGAACAAGAGUUUCCGGAAUGUGGGAGCAAUGCCAGUGAACAUCAAAACCAAAGUCCUCAUGCAUUUGGACAUCAUUUUGAUGGUUGAGAAGGUACUAAAUCCAAAUCUUUACCUUCAAUUACCAACAAUUAGAUCCUAUGAAAACAUCAUUCAUCUAAUAUAAUCCUGACACCAUGCAGGUACAUGAUUGUGCUUUUAGUGAAGAACGGAACCAAUACAACUUACUUUGUAAACCUAUAUCAUUCCAGAAAAAAGAUCUUCAGUGUCACACCGGAACAACUAUUCAAUGUCAACAACUGUGAUAUGCUUUAAUAUUUUUUUUAAACAUCUGAAAGUUUAAGCGAAUUGUAAUGUACCAAAAGCAUGUACAUACACCGAUACACGUAAUUAGUUGCGUUUUAAAUAAAUGGAAUCAAACAUGUGGCAAUAACACCCGGCCAACGGCCGGGCAACAUGCUAGUAGUAAACUUAGUGAUGUUUAACUGAAAUAUUGAAGUGAUUUUCGUGAUAUUAAAUGUUUCAUUACUUGAUGAUAACUAGUUAGUAUUUGGUUGUUAAAUGUUGUCAACCUUGAACAAUGAAUGUUGAUUCCCCACUAUCUUUUUCAGGGAGAUAUGUGCAAUUUCAAACAACUCAUCCUUGAGACCUUGACCUAACAACCAACUAUUUUAUUGAUGUUUAAAUUAAGUACAAUGUUAACGAUAUUCUCACUCUUCGCUUUAUUCUUCUCUGAUAAAAAGAAAAGAAUAAAACAUAGGGAUUCAAUUAGGAUAUUUACACAAACACACGGACCGCAUGGGAAGUUCAUAUAACAUUGAGGAGGCAGAUAGUAAAUUUUCCAUUCAAACCAAGGGUACCUAGCUAGUGCCUACUAUCCACAUUCCACAGGCUACAGCUUCCUGCUUCUGCUUCAGCUUGGCUCUGGUGCGACCAUGGCGGCCUAUGCGGCUUCCGUAGGUUCUUCUUCUUUACUCCGACGAGCUCUCUUUCUUCCCAUUUCCCAUCCCCGUCCGUCGUUCUUCCAACUCUUCUCAGCUUCUCGCUUCAAUUCCUCCACCAGCACCACUGCCGUUACCCGCCCAAAACCACCAAUUUGCGUGGCCGUUCGCGGUGGCCAGACCAAGCGAGGUGGGUCCUCGUCCAAGAACGACGAACUAGCUACUGCUUCUGAUCUUCAAUUCGAGACGCCGCUUAAAAUUGUCGAGUACCCAGACCCUCUACUGAGAGCGAAGAACAAAAAAAUCGGUACUUUUGACGAGAACUUGAAGAAAUUGGUAGACGAGAUGUUCAGUGUUAUGUACAAAACUGAUGGGAUUGGACUGUCAGCACCCCAAGUAGGAGUGAAUGUUCAGCUAAUGGUUUUUAAUCCUGCUGGUGAACCGGGUGAAGGGGAGGAGAUCGUGCUCGUUAAUCCGAGAGUUAGUAAGAUCUCAAAGAAGAGGGUGCUUUUCAAUGAAGGAUGUCUUUCCUUUCCUGGGAUAUAUGCUGAUGUAGAGAGACCUGAAUCUGUAAAAGUUGAUGCUAUGGACAUUAAUGGUGCAAGGUUUAGUAUCAGCUUGUCGGAGCUUUCAGCUCGGGUUUUCCAGCACGAGUUCGACCACUUGGAGGGGAUUCUUUUCUUUGAUAGAAUGACAGGAAAAGUACUCGAAACUAUUUUUGCAAAGCUACAGGCCUUAGAAAAGAAGUACGAAGACAAAACUGGACUCGCUAGCCCUGAAAAGGUACAAGCACCGAUAAAAAGAGUUGCUGUGGGCUUUGGAAAGUCAUGAUUUUGUACACUUGGCCUAGGCAGAUAAAUCAGGUAUCAUGGAAAGCAUAAAUCAGACCUAACUUUCAUUUACAUGUUUCUUUCUAUCUCUUAUUUCACUUGGUCUAACUAUGUGAAUUUCGAACCCCAGGUUCAGUUUGAUGUUAUUCUUAUCGUCAUCAAAGCUUCCGCCACUUCUCUAUGCCACGCUCAGAAACUAUGUAGAGCUGGCAAGUGGACCGAGCAUCACCAUGCUUUGUGAGAUAGAUUGUUGGUUAAAAGUGAUAGGGUAAUUUAGUUGCUGGUAUGGAAAUUCUAGGUUCUGGGGUCUCCAGAUAUAUUGAAUAUGCUAUAGGCUCUUGUACCAAUAUUCUGAAAUAGUUGUUGGAAGAACACAUUUUUCUGAGGACCAGUUGCUGUAAUAUCAUCUGUUGUUUUAUUGCACGUUCUUUUUCUUACAUUUCUUUGUAACCAUUGGAAAAACAUAUCUAACACUUUAAUCUGAUAGAAAGAACACAAACUUUAUCUACUUCUACGUCUAGUAUUCACUAUUCAGUAAUAAUGGAUGCAAGCUUUC